CCUCCUCUCCCCCCGAGUCUUUCCCAUCUAAUGCGCGCAUCACAAUUAAUCCAAACUGUGUCAGCGGAUGCAUUGUUUAUAAACGGUUUCAGAAGAACAUUUGUCCACAUUCAUCCCCGAAUACAUUCGGGGUGGAGAAAUGCAGCAAAAGAAAGAGGAUCGGCACAACCACCAACUGCGCAUGUGCCCGGGCUUGCUGCUGCGCCUGCUCAGUGGGACCAGGACGGUUGCUUCCGAUUGACGUCCCAAGGAGCCAAUCGCCGUGCGCAGACUGGACAGCGGGGUGCGGAGGCGUCAAAUCGGCAGCGGGGAGGCGGGACUUCCGUCGGGGGGGUUGUAGGGUGGCGGUGCUGCGGGUGGGAUUGGAGCUUCGGUGGCCCAGGAGCGGGGCUUUGCGGUGAAAUCAGGAGAGGAGCCGAGUCUGCUGUGGAGUUGGCCUGGUGGUUAGCUGGACGAUUGUUAUUUUUGUUGUGUAUGUGCGGUAAUAACAUGUCAUCGCAGGUCCCUGUCAUUAUACCCGCUGUAAAGAAAGCAACGGCUGCGGUUAUCUUUCUCCAUGGACUAGGAGACACUGGACAUAGCUGGGCCGAUGGAUUGGCAACCAUCAAGAUACCACAUGUUAAAUACAUUUGCCCACAUGCGCCUAUUGCUCCUGUCACAAUGAACUUCAAUAUGAAUAUGUCAUCUUGGUUUGAUAUCUUUGGACUUACUGUGGAUUCUUCUGAAGAUGAGGGAGGCAUCAAGAAAGCUGCAGAAAGUGUUAAAGCAAUGAUAGAUCUGGAAGUUAAGAAUGGAAUACCAUCUCAUCGAAUUAUUUUGGGAGGAUUUUCUCAGGGAGGUGCUCUUUCAUUGUACACGGCACUGACAACACAUCAGAAGCUUGGAGGUGUGAUUGCCCUUAGCUGUUGGCUUCCACUUCGGAAUGCUUUUCCAGAGGCAGCUGUUAAUAGUCCAAACAAAGAUAUUCAUGUUCUUCAAUGUCACGGAGAGGAUGACGCUCUUGUGCCUCUAACGUUUGGUGAUCUUACUGCUGAUAAAUUAAAAACUAUCAUCAAUCCAGACAACGUCACUUUCAAGUCCUACCCACACAUGAUGCAUAGUUCUUGUCCCAGGGAAAUGUUGGAUGUCAAAGCGUUCAUUGAAAAGCAGCUACCUCCAAUCAACUAAUAAGAUACCAGAAACAUUUUUCUAAGAAGCUGCACCAGCAUCUGAUCAUGAUAGACCCUAAUCCUUCCUUUCACUUGCCUCCAUAAGAUGCCAGUCAUCCAUCAUUUUAACAUUUGCACAUUUUUUUCCUGAAUUUAUUUUCUAAUUUUCACUAAGGAACUUUGUGCUACAUUGGGGUUGUGCUGCCUGCUGGUUUAUAAAUACUGAGCACUGCAGUAAUCGCAGGCAGCAUUUAAGAUGCUCAUCUAUAAUGCGAGCAUUUGAAAUUUUACUUUGUCCAAGUACUUUUUGCUUUAUUCAGACUGAGAUUCAUUUUAUCUUGACUAAGUGUGGUAUUGGUGAGUGUAUGACCAUUUAGAAAAAUGUUAGAAAAUGCAAGUUUCUAUAAUCUCCCAAAAAGUCACUUGCUAUUGGUCUUUUAAUGCAGCAAAUAUCGUCAUAGAAAAGUCAUAUUUGAUAACCAAUGGUUCUUGUCUCAUAUGUGUACUGUUCUGAUUAGUUUAAAAGUGCAUUUCUUCUCUAAAAAGCAUUUGACAUCCACAUAGCACAGUGUAAAAACAUUAGGAAGAAGUGUUCUAAUGGAACAACAGUUUCCAAGUUAAUGUGUAGACAAAGCUGCAUGAAGCCAAGAGCAGCGUAACAAUUGGUACUUGCUCAUUUGAAUAAAUGCAGCUUGUUUAGGCAAUAUUAAUUAUGUAAUCCAAUAUACCAAUUUAAGAAACAAUUCUAAAUUGAGCGAUUAUUGGUUUUAUUGUAGUUUUCUUCGAUAUAUACAGUUCCAAGUUCUCAACUGUGCAGGGAUAUCUUUAUAUGAUUUAUAUAUUCCAGUUAGAUUUGUGCAAAGUUGUAAUGAUGGAUGUGGCUUGUGUAUUUUAUUUACUUUUUGUAUAAUGUGGAAUUUACCUACAUUUUUAAAAAUAAGAGUAUGGAUUCAUCUCGGUCUAAUAUGUGGCUUGUGUAACACAAAUAAUUCUAGAAUGCAAAUAGGUUUCAGUGGCAAGCAUGCUUCAUAAUUCUCAAAGUAGCAUGAUGAGAUUUAAUAGAACCAUCUGUCACAAUUGGUAUGAUGUUUAAUUUAUUUCUGAAAAAUAAGACUUUUGUACAGGAAUUGCAUUUUUUUUUUAAAUGUUAAUUCCCAGGGAAACGAGGUGAAGUUCCUUUUCAAACAGAUACAUUUUACCAUCAAGUUCGAAAUAUUUUCAGAAAUAAAUUAUGUUCCAAUUGAAUGAACAUAAAAAUGUAAAGGAAUGCUUAAUGGGAUUUAGGAGCAAAAAAAACUUGUGUGGCAGAUAAACAUUUUGGGAAUACGUUCACAGUCACAAGAAAUGUACCUGACUUCGUAAGGUAAAACCAAUGUGUGUGUAAAGAUUUUUGUUAAUUAAAUUCAUUACUGUGAAA